AUGGACGACGAAUUGCUCGAGUUGCAGAGACAGUUCGAGUUCGCUCAACAAGCGAAGUCCAGUAUUCGAUUAUCCGAUCGAAACGUCGUUGAAUUAGUCCAGAAAUUGCAGCAACUUCAAGUCAUCGAUUUCGAGCUUCUUCACACUGCUUCCGGCAAAGAGUACAUCACUCUCGAUCAACUGAGAAAUGAGAUGGUGACUGAGGUGAACAGAUUAGGGCGAAUUUCUAUGAUUGAUCUUGCUGAUGUUACUGGAGUUGACUUGUACUAUGUUGAGAAAUUGGCUCAGAGUAUUAUAACUGAUCACGGGGAAUUGAUGUUGACUCAAGGGGAAAUCGUUACGGAAUCUUACUGGGAUUCGAUUGCGGAAGAGAUUAACGAGAGGCUUCAAGAAUGUACUCAGAUUGCUUUGACGGAACUUGCUGCGCAAUUGAAUGUUGGUUUGGAUUUGAUUGCGUCUGUGUUGGAGCCGCGUCUUGGAACUAUAGUUAAAGGAAGGCUUGAAGGUGGGCAGUUGUAUACUCCUGCCUAUGUUGCUCGUGUUAGUGCCAUGGUUCGAGUCUUUGUUUAUGGACUUGUGAAGGGAGGUGAAAUUUCAGGGUCUGUACGUGCUGGAGUGCAUUGGACACCAGCUGUAUUUGCUGUUGCUCAAAAGGAAUCUGUGGAUUCAUUCUUUUCACAAAAUUCUUUUAUCAGCUAUGACGUUCUGCAAAAACUUGGAAUUCCUCAGCCCGUUCAAUUCUUGCAGGUAACUAAUCCCAGAUAUCCUGAAGGCAAACCUCUUGUUACAACAUUUGUUCACCCAUCAAUGAUUGAGAUGCUAGAUGCUGCUACUGAGGAUGCUCUAGAACGUGGUAGCUGGAGUGAUUCUCUUUCCUUAUUGCCCUCAUCUUUUACACCUCAAGAUGCAUCUAAAAUGUUGUUCCUCUGUCAAUCUGUACAAUUGGCUCUUAAGUCUAACAAAGCACAUAUAUUUGGGGACUUCUAUGUAUUGAGCAGCAGCUUUAUGAAGGACAUUUGCGAUUGUACGGUGAAAGAAUUAGAGACAUUAGCUGUUUCAAGGUCUUUGGGCACUGUAAAACCUGGUGAUUUACCAAUAGCCAAUGAAGUAAAAGCAGGGUAUGAUUCAAGCAGGUUGAGUGUGUCCAGUGAAAUGGCAAGUGACAGUGGCUCCAACAAGCAUGCUGAUAAAGGGCCAAAGAAGAAAAAGGGGAAAGCCACUGGAAAUGCAUUAGCAAAUCAAUCUGAAAGUGGUGCUGAUAACCAAGAGCAUACUUCUACCAAAUCUAAGAAAAGCCAGAGAAAGGGUAAGGACACAUCUUCACAAACAUCAGAUUCAAAGCAAGGCUCUAGGAAAGAAUCACUUAAAAUGAAAGAGGAUAAUCUCAGUAGUCCCUCAGAAGAAUGGAUCAUGGAGAAGAUUACAGCCUUGGUUCCUGAUUUUGAAGAACAAGGUAUUGAUGAUCCUGAAACAAUUCUUAGGCCUUUGGCUAACAAGUUAAGGCCCACAAUAAUCAAUACUUGGAUGGAGAAAAGGAAGGCAUUGUUUAAAGACAAUGCAGAAAGAAUGAAACAAUUGCUUAAUAAUUUGCAGAAAAAACUCGAUGAGUCUUUCUUAAACAUGCAACUGUAUGAAAAAGCCUUAGAAUUGUUUGAAGAUGAUCAAUCAACUUCUGUUGUUUUGCAUAGGCAUUUACUAAGGACAGUAGCAGCUCCUAUGGUUGACAUGCUUCUUCAUGACUUGGAUGAGCAGAACAAAUUAAAGAACGGAGUAGAAGUGCAGGAAUCUCCAAAUUCUGAGUCUAUUUCGUUUAGUCCUGGAGAUAGAGCUGCAAUUUCCAAGAGUUUUCCAGGAGCUCUUUCAAAUAAGGCUCUUGCUGUUGUAGAAGCAUUGGAAGGAAAGAGGGUGGAAACAUUCAUGUCUUCAUUCAGAGCUGUGACAGAAGAGAGCGGGCUGCCUUUGAAAAAGCUAGACAAGAAACUAGAAAGGACACUUCUACAUUCAUAUCGUAAGGAAUUGACAUCUCAAGUUUCGGCUGAGACUGACCCUGUAUCACUUCUGCCGAAAGUCGUGUCUUUACUCUAUGUCCAGGUUUACCAUAAAGCUCUACAAGCCCCUGGAAGGGCCAUUUCUGUUGCUAUUUCUCAAUUGACGGAUAAGCUUGACGAGACAGCUUGCAAGAUUAUAGUUGAUUAUCAAGCUGCUGCCGUUACUCUUUUGACACUAUCAGCUACUCCUGAUGACGAAGACAGUUGUGCAUCGAAUAGAAUUAGAGAGAUUCUGGAGAGCCAAAUGCCUGCUCUUAAAAGUUUGGUUUCGGGUGCCUCACGGUCAUAA